AUGCUUUUAAACAAUCUUUAAAUAUCCUCAAAACUAUUAACUUCAAUUGUAUUUUAGGCUUCUUUACUAUAACCAACAACAUAGAUAAUAUCAUAUAUAUUAAAAGUCAAUAAUUAAUAAUAUUAAACAGUUCUUUUUAUUAAAAUUGUUAGUUUAAUUAUCAAAAUAUCCAACCCUUUUUAUUAUGGUGGUUUGUAGAAUGUGAAUAUUUAUGAUCAAAUUAAAAUAAUAAUAAACUAGGUUUAUUAAUAGAUAAACAGUAUUUUUGAAGUAAAACCUAAAGCAAGAGUUGGUUUAUUUUUAGUGGAGAAUUUGGAAAUAAAGUUUUGUAAUCAAUAGGUUUUUAAGGAGGAGUAAUAUAUAUUGAAGCUUAAAGAAAUAGUAGAAUUUCAAUUUCCCAGUUUUAGUUCAAGAAUAUUUCUACUUUAUUUUGUAAAUACUUAGGAUAUGUGGAUCUAUUUAUUUAGAUGGAAAUAAAGCAGAAACUCUCGAGUUUUCAUUCUCUUAAUUGAUUAUUAUAUAUUAGUGUUAAGGAAGAUGGAGGAUGCAUUAAGAUAAAAUCAAAUUCUCCUAUUAUUUCUAAAUCAAUUUAUCAAUUGGAUAUUAAAAAUAUCUUAUUCUAAACUUGGAUCUUUCAUAUAUGUUGUACUUUCUUAUGUGGCUUCAAAAUAGCAAAUAAUCAAAUUAGAUUCCAUUUUUAUUCAAAAUACUUUAGAGGGAUUUAAGAAUUAUUUAAAUUAAUAUACCCAACUAUCAAACUAAGAUUUAUUAGCUUUAAUUAACAAUAGAGCCUUAUUUUAUUUCAAUUAUUAUGAGAAAUGCUUAAAAAGUUUCUAUUGA